AUGCUUUUCCUGCGCCAACAAAGGCGCGCGCUGGCAAGAGACGUGCCCAGAUUGGGAGGCAUUUAUGAGUCAGCUUUGGCAGAUGACUCACCAGACGAUGAUUCAGAUCCGGCAGAUGGUAACCCGGAUGCAUCAGGUCCAGUGAAGCCUACAGCUAUGGUCGUGGGCACCGCUUCUCAAGAUACAGCAGCCGGCGACUCUCAAGAACACAAGAAGGAGAGCGAUGGCUCCUGGGAGGAUCUGAGCGAUGAGGAGAGGCAGGCAGAGGAAGCCACCCGCCGCGCAAAGGGGACGCUUCCUCUGGACGGCCCUGUGCUGGAGGAGAUCGAGCGCCAGGAGGCCGAAAUGUGCGCCCAGCAGGAGCAGGACUCCACAGACGACCCCCUGAUGCCCCCGCUCGAAGAGCACUGGUCGACUUGGGGAGAAUUUCAAGGACCGGCUCCAGCAGACCUGCACCAGCAGCCAGGCCAGGAAGCGGCUCAAGACAACGCCCUGCAAUCUCCUGUAAACGAGCCGGCUCAAGUUCUGGAUGCCCCUCUUGAGGAGCCUGCGACUGGACAACAGGAGGACGAGUCUGAUGUGGCAACAGAUGACGAGGAGACUUAUGGCGUCCUUGUAGCUGAUGAGGACUACAGCGGCCAUGUGCCCUCUGACAAUGUCAAGCGGUGA